CAUUCGGGCUCUUUAUACCUCAACUGGUGGCGAGUGUGGGUGAUUCUGGAUUUGUUGACUGGCCUCACAUCCUAACCGGACUCAAAGAAGAGAAACUGAGAAAAAAAAGCUGGCAACAUGGCGGUGACAGGAUGCACGCAAUGCAUUAAAUAUAUGUUAUUCUUUUUUAAUUUUAUUUUCUGGCUGGCUGGAGGAGUGAUCUUAGGAGUUGCCCUGUGGCUCCGUCAUGACAGUCAAACAGGCAGCCUCCUCAUGCUUCAGUUUGAAGGCCAACAGGCACCGGGCACCUUCUAUAUCAGUGUCUACAUUCUGAUAGCUGUUGGCGCUGUGAUGAUGCUGGUGGGCUUCCUCGGCUGUUAUGGUGCCAUUCAAGAAUCUCAAUGCCUUUUGGGAACGUUCUUUUUCUUUUUGGUCAUCCUCUUUGCUUGUGAAGUGGCUGCAGCCAUCUGGGGUUUCAUGAACAAGGAUACAAUCUCCAAAGAAUUGAUCAAUUUCUACGACUCGGCGUACAUCAAGGCUGUGGACGUCUCAGGCUCUCCCAGUAAAGACGCUGCCAUCAAAGUGCUGGAUGUUUUUCACACCACACUCGACUGUUGUGGUAAAGGAGAAGACACAGCGCUCUUCAAACAAGUCGUCGGCACUUUAUGUCCCAGAAAGUCACCAGAAGAUUUUCUCAAGUCUCAGAGCUGUCACGACAAGCUGAUCGAGCUCUUUUCCGAGAAGCUUUAUCUGAUCGGUCUGGCCGCUCUGGUGGUAGCCGUUAUCAUGAUCUUUGAGAUGAUCUUCACCAUGGUGCUUUGCUGCGGGAUCCAUAACGCUCCAGCGUACUGAGCCCACACACGGAUGAGCACCGUGACGCUUUCAUGGACUUACAUUGGUUUUCAUGCAGUAGCUCCUCUUUCUUAUUUCUAGAACACAGCAUGGUGGAUAUUUCUGCUUUUAUUUUGUUUUAUACUAAAUACAAUUAGGGUAUAUGUCUAUUUAUUAUAUAGCAUAUCCAUAACUUAACUCUCUACAGUGUACAAACAGUAUGCUGUGGAAUAGUUUGCUGACUUUCUGUUUUUUUAUGGAUGUAUAAAAUGUACAUAUGCACGUCUUAUGUUGAUCUCAGGAGCGGCCAUGUUUGAUUGUGACGUCUCUCUGUUACAUGAUCGGACCAGCAGGGGUUCAACAGUCACCUGCAACCUUAUUAUUUUAUCGCACCGCAAUGUUUUCAGUCAAUUUUGUUUAAUAAACCAUCUUCGUGCUGUA